CGAUGACCAGACUCUUUGUCGCUCUUUGUGCUCUUUUUUCUCUCUUCACAGCUGUGAAAACUUCUGACAUCAAGGAGAUUGACGUGAUAACAGUAAAGCGUGGAGAAGAUGUAACUAUGAAGUGUAACAUUAGCAGUGACACAAAGAGAGAGAAUGUAGUUUGGUACAGACAGAUUUCAGGAAAAUUACCUCAGUUUAUUGCAAAACAAUACAAUAAAGAAUUGGGCUACAAAUUUAUUGAAGGAUUUAAUGAUCGUUACAGUAUUAAUAUAAAUGACAAUAAAUUUGAUCUCAACAUUAAAAAAACAAGAGAAGAUGAUAAAGGAGAAUAUUUCUGUGGAGAAAUGGAAGUUAAUGUAGUGAAGUUCACAUCUGGAACACGUCUGCAAUUUGAAGACACGACACACUGUAAUACAUCUGGAACUACAAACAAUGGUUCACACGGCAGCAAUAAAACAGGUGAAAACAACUGGAUUCUUGCCUUAACAGCCUCCAAUAUAUUCUCUGUUAUUGUAAUCACACUUCUGCUUGGAGUUUUAUAUAAAAAUCACAGAAAAGAUGCUUCAUCAAGCAACCAUCAAAUUCCCACCAAUCAGACUGCUGCUGCUGAUGAUGUCUUGAACUAUGCAGCUGUGAGUUUUGCUUCAUCCUCCAGAACAUCCAGAGCCAAGAGCCAUGAAGACGUUCAGCAUUUUUUCUUGAAAUUCUUCACAUUAUUUCUCGAAUAUAAAAACAUAUACAUUUUUGUUUGAUUUUGAAGGUUAAAUAUCAAGAAAUGGCUCUUGGUAAACAAUUUGCUUAAGUUUUUGUGGACCACUU